AGCACCUCUUCUGCAACCAACCAACAACAAACCAAAGAGAAAGUUUUAAAGGAGACGUCUCCUCCCAUUUCUCCCUCGUGACUAAAACGCAAUUUGCUAAGAAAGAGCAAAUCCAUUACAAGAAAGAAGAAGCAACAGAGAGAUACCUUUAGUUUUCGUAUAUAGAUUCUACGAUAUCGGAAGAAGAAGAAGAAGAAGAUUUUGAUUCCCCUGGAUCGAUUUUGUUUAUUUAGCUAUUCCAGAAAACUCUCUUGUUUGUGAUAAAGAUGUCGAGUUCUAUGGAGUUCGUCGCUAGUAGGAGAUUUACAGGGAAGGCUAGCUUCUCUCAGACGUGUAGUCGAUUGAGUCAGUAUCUUAAAGAGAACGGUAGCUUCGGAGAUCUGACCUUAGGCAUGGCAUGCAAGCCUGACGUCAAUGGAACUCUUGGCAACUCACGUCAGCCGACAACAACCAUGAGUUUAUUCCCUUGUGAAGCAUCAAACAUGGAUUCUUCCAUGGCGGCUCAAGAUGUUAAACCGAAGAAUAUGUUUCCUAGGCAAUCGAGUUUUUCUUCCUCAUCUACCUCUGUUCCAAAGCAAGAUGUCCUGAAAACGACACAGGCUACCAGAUCUGUGAAACCAGAGUCUCAAACUGCUCCAUUGACUAUAUUCUAUGCCGGGCAAGUGAUUGUAUUCAAUGACUUCUCUGCUGACAAAGCCAAAGAAGUGAUGAACUUGGCCAGCAAAGGAACCGCUAAUAGCUUCACCGGUUUCACAUCUAAUCUCAACAACAACAACAACAGCCAAAGUUUAGCCAAGACUACUCAAACAAGCAACGUCGUCGUCGCUACUAUCCCAAGCCAAAUUCCUCACCCCAAGAAAACCGCUACACAAGAGCCAGUCCUGUCCUCCUCAACUCCAAUGACAUGUGAGCUUCCUAUUGCUAGAAGAGCUUCACUCCAUCGGUUCCUAGAGAAGAGAAAGGACAGGGUUACCUCAAAGGCACCAUACCAAUUAUGCGAUCCAGCCAAGGCGUCUUCAAAGCCUCAAACCUCAGACAACAUGUCUUGGCUCGGUUUGGCAGCUCAAAUAUGAACGCUAACCGCUGUACCGGGAAAUUCUUUUGACGUUGCUUCGAUACAAGAUAUAAAAGCUGCUACUUUCAUGCUUCAAGCUUGUUAUAUUCUUACAACUCUAUUCAAUGAUUAGGAAACUUCAUAUAUUUGUAUGUAUUAUUGAUUAGUGAUCAAUUCUUGUUAGUAUAUUCGUCUUAGUUUGUUGUUCUACACUUUUAUUAGGUGUUGUCGCAUGCCUUAAUUAAUCUCCUUUCUCUGGGGUAUCUCAAAAUUAGUUUUUGUAUGUGACUGAUUUUGUAAGAAACAAUAAUUUUUGUUAACGAACCAUAUAGUCCUUUCUAAUCUUAUA